UAUCAUAACCUUAAUCGAUUUUGAUUGUUUACAAAUUUUCUCAGAGUGAUAAUUUCAAACGCAGAGCUAUAAAUUUUACAUUUAUUACUCUGAAAUUUCAAAUAUUAGUUUCAGUUCAUUACUUUCAUUCUUUUAAGUUCUAAGAGAGUCCUCUUUCAAGCAAUGCUUGAUAGUUGCUCCUCUGAUGUUUUGUAUAAUUUCCUAAUGAACAGAUGAAAAGACCGAUUUGAAAAACGAAAUAGAAUGAAGUUCAAAUCUAAAACAAAAUCAUUCCUACUGCCGGUUUACUUUCACAAAGAGAGGAUAUGGAGCAACUUCACCUUGCUCAUGGCUGGCAUAUUGAGCAUAAUGUUUUUGACCACGAUAGUUUUGUCUUUAAAACUUUUGAACGCUGGCGAGUGUCAAUCAGGGCAAAUUGUUAUUAGAUAUGUUACUAAUAACAUUAAAAAUACACAAAUAUCACCAUCAUCUUCACACCGUUUAGGUAUUAUAGUGCCAUAUAGAGAUAGAUUUGAGGAAUUGUUGGAAUUCAUUCCUCACAUGCAUAAUUUUCUACAAAAACAGCAUAUUUCUUAUGAUAUCUUCGUCUUGAAUCAAGUAGAUAGCUAUAGAUUCAAUAGAGCCUCGUUAAUAAAUGUGGGGUAUCUGCAAAUAAAAUCUAAUUAUGAUUAUUUCGCAAUGCACGAUGUUGAUCUUUUACCACUCAAUGAAAAUUUGAGCUAUGAUUAUCCAGAACAACCAUAUCACCUGGCAGCUCCAAACUUGCAUCCAAGAUAUCAUUAUGCAAAAUUUAUUGGAGGAAUUUUUCUAAUCAAUAGAGAACAGUUUGAAUUAGUGAAUGGUUUGUCCAAUCAAUACUGGGGUUGGGGUUUGGAAGACGAUGAAUUUUACGUUAGACUGAAAGAAGCCAAUUUGAAAAUCACAAGACCUGAGAAUAUUACAACAGGAAUAAAUAAUACUUUCAGACAUAUCCAUGGUAAAGACAGAAAGAGAGAUACUAUAAAAUGUUACAAUCAGCGAGAAGUUACCAAAAAAAGGGAUAGAAAAAGCGGUUUACACAAUGUGAAUUACGAAAUAAUCAGUUGGAAGAACCUGACCAUAGAUAAAGUGCCAUUUACACUUAUAAAUGUAAAAUUACAUUGCGACCUCAAAGUUACACCUUGGUGUAAUUGUACAUCGAAGCCGAGCACUGAUAGUAAAACUAAACAAUCGGAUAAAGUUGUACUGUAAAGAGAAUAAUAACAUAUCAGUAUUUAGCGACCAUCUUGACAUUAUUGGGACAGUUUACCAGUAGGUAUGUCUUUUUAGAGGUGAACAAAUGGAUUUGAAAAAUCGAAUCCACAAUAUUUUGUAUAACUUGAAAAAGAUACAAAAUAAAUAGAAAACUCGGGUUUAUUUAUGUCUCAUUUAACUCAAACCAUUAACUUCAUGUUAGACUUUUUAAUUUCAUGAAAGAAUAAGUUUUUAGCCCUAUUUAGGGCUUCAUUCACUAGAAUAAGCUUUUGUGAUACUAAUUUAAGAAUUGUGACUGAGAUUCAUCUCAAAUAUUUCGAGAUGUUACAUAUUGUCGAUUGUGUCCAAAAAACAUGUUCUCUAAAGCUAUUUAUUAUUAUCGGACAAUUCUGACUAACCAAAACCAAACAUUUUGAAGAUUCCGUUAUUGAAAUCGAAUUAAUUAAAAAAUUGUAUAUUA